AUGACAAUAUUGGAGAGGAUAAUGGGCCUGAUAGCCAUGAUCCCCCAUGUUGAAAAUGGGGAAUGCAUGGAGAUGGGGAGUAUUUGGGACCUGGGGCAGGCAGUAGGGAGCAAUGUUGGUAUCAGGCAGGGGUGGCAGUGGCAUGGCCAUUGGUGCUCACAUUGCUGUCAUCUUGGUGUCAUCCGUCACAUACUGGAGAGCAGCAUCAACGUUCAGAUGGAUGUUGCCAUUGCUGUCUUUGUCAGAUGUUGGGAGAUGGCACCCAAUGUUGGAUACAUGACUGCAUUCGUGGUUGUUGGCUGGUGCAGAUUCACAUGUUUUGUGGGCAUCGCAUGCAGUGCUGCCUCACAUGAGGGCUUAUGUGCAGGGUGGAGGGUGAAAUGGGGCUCUUGA